CUUGAUUUCACAGAGGCAGACUGAGAGGAAAAACAAGAAGCAAAUGUAAACGCUCUUCAAUAAUCUGACCAUCAGUGUUCACUCAGGGAUUUACAAAAUCUACACUCUUCUGACUUUUUAGUUAAGGUGUCACAGGCAUCCAAUUAAAAUGGGUUGCUUUGGAUUUUUGAAAGCAACGAUGUUUCUCUUCAAUGGUAUCAUCUUUCUUGCCGGGUCAGCUAUUUUGGGUGUCGGGAUCUGGGUGAAGGUAGACAGCGGAUCUGUCCUGAGUGCUCUGCAGAAAGUACAGGGAGCUCCAGGGGAACUGGGGCAGCUCUUGAAUGUGGGAUAUCUCCUGAUCGCAGUGGGCGCUGUGCUCCUCAUACUGGGCUUUCUGGGCUGCUGUGGAGCGGUCCGAGAGAGCAGGUGUAUGCUGCUGCUGUUCUUCAUCAUUAUUCUGAUUGUCUUCAUCGCUGAAGUUGCUGGAGUGAUUGUGAUUCUGGUCUUUAAACCUCUGGCAGAAAGCCUGAUACAACGGGUGGGAGAUGAAGCUGUGAAAAACAUCAGGAAAAAUUUUGGGAAAAACAAAGAUAUCACUGGACUCUGGAACACAACCAUGGCAACGCUAAAGUGCUGUGGAUUCUUCAACUACACCGAUUUUACCGGUUCACCUUUUGUGAAUGAAACCGGCACUUACCCAUCUCAGUGCUGCAGCAGGUCGAGCUGCAAUGCGACCACUGCUAUGAACUCAACUGUGUCCGGUUGUUUUGGAACGCUGAAAAAGCUGAUAGAUGAUAAUGCAGUCAUUAUCAUAGCUGUAGCACUGGGCAUCGCCGCUCUUGAGCUUGCAGCGAUGAUCGUCUCCAUGACCCUGUAUUGUAAGAUAGGGUCAAAACAGGAUUAAAGUCUCACUUUGCCUUGAAUAUCUCUCUAAUGACUCCUCUGGGACGAGGCGAGAUAGCUGAUCAUCUUUACAUUCAUUGCAAAUUUCAUCCAUUUCAUAAUGCAUCAAACAGAGUUUCUCUAGAUAAGAAUGACUACUAAAUGCCUUAAGUAAAUUUAAUUUAAAUGCAAACGUAAAUAAGUUUUGAAAUACCUCAUUUUUACUAUAGUAAAUUUGAAUGUUAAAACUAGCCUUUUUAACUGUCUUUUUUAGUGUUUAAUGUUUCUUGAAUGUACUGUAACUGACUGAAUGAAUUUUUUACAGCCUUGUCUAUGCAAGACAUUUUGUUCUAAAAUUAUGUACAGUAUAUAUGUAAUCGAAUAGCACCAAAAGUGAUAUUUUGUAAUUAUGAACACAAUGUGGGCUUUUUAUUAUAUGUGCAAUGACCAAAAAUCCAUUUAUGUUUUAAACAAAUGUUAUUGAUUUAUUGUAAUUUCAUGUAAAUAUUUUUACAGACCAGAGCUAUUUUAAAUAUUAUGCCUGUUCACUAUGUAAUAAAGCACAACAUUUAUCCUUAAAGCCUGUGGAUGUACAGAGAUUUUACAAAACAGAAUAUGGUAAUAUUUUAUUGAAAUGUGCAUUUGAGAAUUUUGUUUUUAUUUUGACUACAAUUAUAAAAGCAAUCUUUCUGCUUGUUGUAUUGUUUUUGAUUAUAUUCAUCAAAUAAGUCAUACCACUGUCCUUAUUCUGCCAGUAGCACUGCUGUUAGACAUACAGUGUACUGUAUAAAUACUGUGUUCUAACUGGAAUCAAGUUUAGUUAUAUGUACAUUGUACCACUGCUGUAAUAAUCGUUUAGUCUUGUGCAUUUCUCUGGUACAAAAGUGUUUGCCAUGACUUGAUAUUGUGUGAAAUUUUAGCCUAUUUUUAAGAUUUAUGCAUUUCAACAAA